UCCCCAUAUUUCCGAGGGCUCGUGAACGCAGCAGUAGGCUGACUGGCUCCGUGAAGAUGGCGGACUGUAUACGUGUUCCUGUGCUCCUGCUUUUGAUGUGCAUCUUGUCGUCUGUGCAUCCAAUUCGAGGCGAAAACAAUAUUGUCGCCAAACUUGCUGCGAACGCACAGAAUCCAGCCGGAGGUCCUGGAGCGGCCGUGGCGAACCCGGGAGCCGCGGACAGGAACCUGGGCGCAGGGGCCUCGUUGACUCGGCGGCGCUCUGCCGGCUGGAAGUUGGCUGAGGAGGCGGUGUGCAGGGAGGACCUGACCCGGCUUUGCCCCAAACAUUCCUGGAACAACAACCUGGCGGUGCUGGAGUGUCUCCAGGACAAGAAGGAGGAAACUGAGAUCGCUGCAGAAUGCAACCAUCUGCUGUGGAACUACAAGCUGAACCUGACCACCGACCCGAAGUUUGAGUCUGUGGCCAUGGAGGUCUGCAAGACCACCAUCCCUGAGAUUAAAGAAUGUGCAGCGGAGGAGCCGGGGAAGGGCUACCUGGUGUCCUGCCUGGUGGAUCAUCGUGGCAACAUCAGCGACUACCAGUGCAACCAGUACAUCACCAAGAUGACCACCAUCGUCUUCAGCGACUUCCGGCUGAUCUGCGGCUUCAUGGAGAAGUGCCGCAGCGACAUCAACAAUCUGCACUGCGGCAGCAUCAGCACCGGAGAGAAGGACCUCCACUCUCAGGGCGAGGUGAUCGCCUGUCUGGAGAAAGGUCUAGUGCGGGAGGCCGAGGAGCAGCCGGGGGCGCAACCCAUCAAGGAAGAAUGCAAGAAGUCCAUCAUGAGAAUCGCCGAGCUCUCGUCGGACGACUUCCACCUGGACCGCUACCUCUACUUCUCCUGCCGCGAGGACCGAGAACGCUUCUGUGAAAACACUCUGGCCGGGGAGGGUCGAGUCUACAAAUGUCUCUUCAAUCACAAGUUUGAGGAGGCGAUGUCUGAGAGGUGCCGCGAGGCGUUGACCACCAGGCAGAAGCUGAUCGCUCAGGACUACAAGGUGAGCUACUCGCUGGCCAAAGCCUGCAAGUCAGACCUGAGGAAGUACCGCUGCAGCGCAGACGCCAACGUGCCCCGAGCCCGAGAAUCUCGCCUGUCCUACCUGCUGCUCUGUCUGGAGUCUGCUGUACACAGAGGUCGGGUGGUCAGCGGGGAGUGUCAGGGUGAGAUGAUGGACUACAGGCGAAUGCUGAUGGAGGAUUUCUCUCUGAGUCCGGAGAUCGUUCUUCACUGUCGGAGCGAGAUCGAGGGUCAGUGCUCCGGUCUGCACCGCAAAGGACGAACGCUGCACUGCCUGAUGCGGGUCGGCCGAGGAGACAUGGGAUCCAUCGACCCCAACUGUCAGAGGGCGCUCCAGACUCUGAUCCAGGAAGCCGACCCCGGAGCCGACUACCGCAUCGACCGAGCGCUCAACGAGGCCUGCGAGUCCGUCAUCCAGACUGCCUGCAAACACAUCCGCAACGGAGACCCCAUGAUCCUGUCAUGUCUGAUGGAGCAUCUGUACACUGAGAAGAUGGUGGAGGACUGUGAACACAGACUGCUGGAGCUGCAGUACUUUAUCGCCAGAGACUGGAAGUUGGAUCCCAUCUUGUAUAAGAAGUGUCAGGGCGACGCUGCCCGGCUCUGCCACACUCACGGCUGGAACGAGACGAACGAAAUGAUGCCGCGCGCCAUUUUCUCCUGCCUGUACCGCCACGCCUACCGCUCUGUGGAGCAGGACGGAGGUGUUUGUCCUCCUGCAGCUCUCCAGGACUGCAAGGUGGAGGUGCAGAGGACUCACCAGAGGGCGCAGGAUGUGAAGCUGGACCCUGAGCUCCAGCGGCGAUGUAUGACCGACCUGGGGAAGUGGCAGCGAGAAGACGGAGGGACAGGAGCUGGAGGUCUGCAGGAUCACCUGGAAGAUCUGGUGUCUGACUGCAGAGACGUGGUGGGAAACCUGACGGAGCUGGAGUCGGAGGAUAUUCAGAUCGAGGCGCUGCUCAUGCGAGCCUGUGAACCCGUCAUCCAGACCCACUGCCACGAGGUAGCUGAUAAUCAGAUCGACACUGGUGAUCUGAUGGAGUGUUUGGUUCAGAACAAACACCAGAAGGAGAUGAACGAGAAGUGCGCGGUGGGAGUGACGCACUUCCAGCUGAUUCAGGUCAAAGAUUUCCGUUUCUCCUACAAGUUCAAGACGGCCUGCAAAGAGGACGUCCUCAAACUGUGUCCCAAUAUCAAGAAGAAGGUGGACGUUGUGAUCUGCCUCAGCACCACGGUGAGGAACGACACCCUGCAGGACGCCAAGGAGCAGCGAGUGUCCGUCAAAUGUCGUAAACAGCUGCGGGUGGAGGAGGUGGAGAUGUCGGAGGACAUCCGCCUGGAGCCGGAGCUGUACGACUCCUGUAAGCAGGACAUCAACAGACUGUGUCAGAACGUGGCCUUCGGCAACGCGCAGGUGAUCGAGUGUCUGAAGGAGAACAAGCGUCAGCUGACUCAGCGUUGCCACCAGCGCAUCUUCAAGCUGCAGGAGGUCGAGAUGGUUGAUCCUGAACUGGACUACCAGCUGAUGAGAGUCUGCAAACACAUGAUCAGGCGGUUCUGUACGGAGUCCGAGGGAAAGAACGUUCUUCAGUGUCUGAAACAGAACAAGAACAGCGAGCUGAUGGAUCCUAAAUGCAAACAGAU